AUCCCGGGCUGCCCGUGAGCGUAGCCAAUUAGAAUCGAGGUUGCGGAGAUCCGGCCUAUGGGCGCUAGCCUUUGAAACCUCUCGGCCAAUGGGAGCGCCGUAUUCUAAUAGACCUCAUCUUUAUCAGAGAAAUGUUGCCUCUUCCCAAGCCCAAGUUGAGUGCCCGGUGCCGGUGCCACGUCGGGUGCGGGGUCAGCCGGGGGCAGCUGCCACCGAGGCAGUGACCACCUGCUGCCGUGGCCCUGGCCCCCCUGGGGCAGCUCACCAGCCUUUCGGCUGCCCAUUGGCACCGUGGCAGCUGGUGUGGACGCUGCGAGCCGGUAGCCCCAAGGCCAACCGGGAUGGGCUGCGCAUCAUGCCCUCGGAGUGCCAGCCUCUGAGAGCAGUCCAGGAGCCAUGGACACCAACCUGCCAGGCACCUUCCUGCUCAGCGGCCCUUCACUGGCCCCCUUCCCUGAGGCCAAGGCACCUGUCUGCCAGUACUCGGUGCAGAGCUCCUUCUACAAGCUGGGUCCCCCUGGGCUGGGUGCCCAACUGGCUGCCGGCACCCCACACGGCAUCUCCGACAUCCUCGGCCGGCCCACAGCGACUCCAAACAGCAGCCUACUGCCCAGCUACCCCCACGCAGGUGGAUUUAAUGGACUGAGCUCCCCAGGCGUCUAUUAUGGGCCACAGGUGGGGGCCCUCCCUAAAGCCAGCAGCGAUUACGUGCCACGGGGCAGGAGCUGCUGGGCAGAGGCACCCGACUGGCAGGGCAGCCGGCAGUGCGGUGGCCCCCCUGCACACCUGACUGACAGCCUGCACAAGAAGAAGCACACGCGUCCGACCUUCACAGGGCAUCAGAUCUUCGCUCUGGAGAAGACAUUUGAACAGACCAAGUACCUGGCAGGGCCAGAGAGGGCACGGCUGGCAUAUUCCCUCGGCAUGACUGAGUCCCAGGUGAAGGUUUGGUUCCAGAACCGACGCACCAAAUGGAGGAAGAAGAGUGCCCUGGAGCCCUCCUCCUCCUCGCAGCGGGCGGGGGGCUCCAGUGGAGAGCGGGCAGCCUCUGAGACCGAGGAUGAUGAGUACAACAAGCCCCUGGACCCUGACUCUGACGAUGAGAAGAUUCGGCUGCUGCUGAGGAAGCACCGUGCAGCCUUCUCUGUGCUGGGGCUGGGCACACACAGUGGCUGAGCACCUGGGAAUGGGUUCUGCUGUGCCCCCACUGCAGCUCCUGCCCAGGGCUCAGGGUCUGGGAACAGCAGCAGUGAAAUAAAAGCCCCUGCCCCACAUGGGUCUGCAAUGCGGGGUGCCCCAAAGGCUGGGCUGGGAAGGGGCUGAGGCUGGGGGUCCAUGUAUGGGGCAGGAAUGUCCCCCAGAGUUUCCCCAGAUUGGGUGUGUGCUGGUAGCAAGAAGUGCUGUCCAAAAGUCACUCGUUAGGGCCUCUUGUUGGAACCUAUUAGCAGCAAAUAAAUAUCAUUUAUCUUAA